AUGUCUCUCAAUCCGUACAUCAACAAGAAGGUUCUCAUCCUGACCGUCGACGGCCGCACGCUCGUGGGCACGCUCCUAUCAACCGACCAGUUGACGAACCUCGCGCUGUUGAAUACUGUUGAGCGCAUUAUCCGGACGCCGGACGACCCCGAGCCCAGCUCGCAGAUUGAACAUGGACUGUAUCUGAUCCGAGGAGAUAAUGUGGUGGUGUGCGGAGAGGUGGAUGAAGGGAUUGAUAAUGAUAUCGACUGGACAAAGGUGCGCGGGGAGGUUGUGCGAGGGACGAAGAAUGCGUGA